AUGAUAUCUUAUACUCAAUUUCCUGGUGAUUUUUUGAGACCUCUUAAUCUUAAAAGAUUUGCUCUCAACUUCAGAAGACACGGUAUUCCUAAUCUUUGGGGGUUUUGUGACCUCAAUAUUGAUCCAUUGGUGCUUCAGUUGUCAGAACAACAUGUGACUUUCUCACUUACUUUUGAUCAACAAACAUGUUAUAUUGCUGCAAUCUAUGCUAGUACCUCCCAUGUGAAUAGGAGAAAACUAUGGUCGGAGCUUAAUUCCCUUCAAUCUCGUUUUGUUGGCCCUUGGUGCAUGAUUGGUGAUUUUAAUGCUGUUUUAGGUGCUCAUGAAAAAUAUGGCAGGUGUCUACCUAAUAAAACUUCUUGUGAUGAAUUCUCUAAUUGGACAAAUUCUAAUCAUCUUAUUCAUCUUGAUACUCUCGGUAACCAGUUCACUUGGGCCAAUGCUAGGAGAGGUCCUGCUUAUGCUGCUCUUCGUUUGGAUAGAGUCAUUUGCAACUCUAUAUGGAUUGACACUUGGAAUUCUGUCUCUUGUUGUACUCUUCCUAAGGUUCAAUCUGAUCAUCACUCUCUUCUUUUUAAUUUUGAUUCUGAUGUUCAAACUUUUCCAUCUUCAUUUAAGUUUCAAAGUAUGUGGAUGUCCCAUGAUGAUUGUAAGCGUGUUAUAUCUGAGCAUUGGAAGAAAGAUGUUGUUGGUUGUCCAAUGUUUAUUUUGCAAGCAAAAUUGAAAUCCUUGAAACCUAUUCUUAAAUCUUGGAAUAAAGAAGUUUUUGGUGAUGUGAACACCAAAGUGUCAAAUGCUGUUGCUAAGGUUGAUUCUAUUCAACAAAUUAUUAAUGAUUCUGGUUACACGGAUGCUUUAGGGGAUGAAGAAAAAACUGCUCAAGUUAGUCUGAAUGAUGCUUUAAGAGUGCAGGAACAUUUUUGGAGAGAUAAGUCCAGGUCCAAGUGGUUUGUUGAGGGGGAUAGAAACACUGGUUAUUUCCAUAAGCUCACUAAAAUAAGACAUAUAUCAAAUAGAAUGAUUAGACUCAAGGCAGGGGACAAUUACAUUGAGGACAUUAAUGAUAUUGAACAUCAUGUGUUAAAUUUUUACAAAGAAUUAUUUGCUAGUAGCAAUAAUUGUGCUCCUACUAAUAUUAUUGAGCGCACUAUACCUCAUCUUAUAACUGUUGCAGAUAAUGAUAUGAUGACCAAAAUUCCUUCUUUUGAAGAAGUUAAGCAGGCUGUUUUUAAUAUGGAUGGUUCUUCUUCACCCGGCCCUGAUGGUUUUCGGGGAUGUUUUUUUUCAAAAUUAUUGGGAUAUUGUUGGCAGUGA